CAGUGAAAACAUAAAGUACAAGAAAAUGAAUGGAUCAAAGUGCCGAUUCCAUCAUUGUGAAAAAGCCACUGGCAGUGACACUGUGUGCUCAUUAUGGAGAGAGGGAAGAUGUUCCCAUCAACUUUGCAAAUUUAGACAUAUGGAAAUACAGCAGAAGUACGGCAGCAUCUCAUGUUUCUGGGAAACACAACCUUUAGGCUGCGUGAGGGUCAGUUGUGUCUUCCAUCACAGGAAACCUCGUAAUAUAAAUGGGCUUUUUUUGCCACCCAGUAGUGAACCAGCAUUACAAAGGGAAGUUCAGGAAGGGAUUUUGCAUCCUACCACAAACCAAGAUUCCACAAAAGGUCAAGAAACCAUAUUAAGACCUAUUCAUCCACCACUGAUUAUUAUCAUCAAUCUUGAGGAUGAAGAAGAGGAGGAACAGGAUGAGAAAUAUGCAUCUUACUUAUUGUCUAAGACUCCAGAAGAUAUAGAGGAAGAGAAGGCAAUAAAAGAGAUGUGUUAUAAAUCUGGAGAAUACUACAGAAUUCAGACUUCUCAGGAACACCAUUUAACAAAAAAUGUACCUUCAGUACUGGAGAAAGAGCUCUUGAAACCAAUGGAAACUGGCAGAGAUUUACAAGAAGGUGAUGGUGUUGCAGUUCCAUCAAAUUUUAAUAUUUUAGAAAGACAAAUAGAGAUAAUGGCGUCUCUAGACAGUAAUGCUAGAUCCAAUCUGAGUGUCUUUGAAAAUGGAGGAGGUGAUUGUUAUUUGCCACAAAGAAGUUUAUUCAUUGGAGGGAUACAAAGCAAAGUGUUCAGUUCAGAAAAAGGAUUUACAAUGCUGAAGUGUUCAAGCAUUAAAGCUACAAGCCAUGCUGAAGGGAUAAAAAAGCAUCAUUUUAAAGGAGUGAGAAAAAAGAAGUGGAUGUCUGAAGAACCCAAAAAUCUAUCUGCCCCAUUAACAGGAAAAGCAACACAUACUUCAAAUCCUAAAGGUAAAGGGAAUUGCCAUCAAAUUGAUCAAAGAAAGAAUGCUGAGAAUACUUCUUAUGUUCCUUCUCAGAGAGCCAAUGUGAGAAGCAUUUCCCUGAGUUCUUCAGUGGCUAGAAGUUCACCAAAUCUUACCUAUGAUAAAGUUAGUCCCACCAAGGAGUCCAAGAUUAAUUUACCUGCUGAGAGAUGUACAUCGGCAUAUAAUUCACUAGCAUGGAGAAAAAGAAAUCCGCACACUAAAGUAUACACAAAAGCUGAAAAGUUAUUUUCAGAGCCUAGAAGAAAUGGAAGCAGAUAA